GACAACAUGAGUGGUAAACCAUAGAUGAUGGAGAAAGUAGAGCUGUCUGUGAUGUCUGUCGAGUCAAGUCGAGUGUCCCUGACUGUCGUCGUUUUUUAUCUAUCUCUAGACCUGUCAGUCAGUCAGGGUAAUUCGGACGUUCAAGUAGUUUUUACUGUUUCUACGUUUAUUUACAAAAGUUUUGAUUAAAGGAGCGUAUACUGGUGUAGUUACUUCCAAUACUGAUACGAUAUUCUUAGUGCAUCCAAAUCUUCACAAAAACUGCACUACUUGUGAAUUAUCUGCGACAUUGUCGUGUAUAUUGUCCUAAGUGUUCCUAAAUGGCGUGGAUGUUAUGACCAGUAGCGAGCAAUGGUUGUUUAUAGUUUUGUAUGAAAAUGUAAUCUAAUCCUGAAUUGGAAUUGGUAGUCGCUGUAACACGGACAGUUUGAAUUAAUUCACGUAAACAGUAUGAAUGAGGUAGAGAGUAUGUCGUCGGUGCACUGCGUGGUGGUGUGGGAGUGGGCGUGCGGGGGGGCGUGGCUGCCGCACACGCCGGGCGUGGCGCGCACGCUGGAGCGCGCGCACGCCAAGAAGCUCACGCGCGUCGUGCUGGCCGACGCAGACCCCGCGCUCAGGGGACACUACGUCAACCUCAGGACUCUGACGCAGUGUCUGGAUACUCCAGAGGGUGGGUCGGUAGAGUGCCGCGUGCGUCGCUCGUGCUACAGCGUGACGUCACCGGCGGGGCGCGGCCUGCGCUGGGAGUGGGCGCGCUUCGUGUCGCCGCCACUCGGGGGGGAACUCAACUACGAACCACUGCCCAUGGAGGUGCAAUGCCUACUGGAAGACUCAUGGUCGGGUGGUGGGGAGCCGGUGUCAUUCGACGGAUGGGUGGCUUCUGUGGCGCGCAUGACGGCGCGCUGCGGGGGCAGCGGAGGGGGCGGCGCGGGGGGCGUGGCUCUACUGCGGCGCGGCCCGCAGCCCCCCUACCCACUCACACGGCCCACGCCCCCGCACCCGCCACCACCGCCAGACCGACCGCCACUAGAAGGUCGUCGUCCGCAUAUUCCUCAACAACACACUGGAUCCAGUGUGCACUCAGUACAAUCAGUGCAGUCAGUGCAGUCAGUACAGUCAGUACAGUCGGUGCAGUCAGUCCACUCGCUCCAGUCCCUGCAGGCCAGCCAGUCGAGCCAGGCCUCCACCAUCCCCCGGCAAGGAGCGCGCAGUGCCUCGCCGCGAGACCGCAAGCCCGGCCUGGCGCGACAGAUACUGCACAACUUGAAUAUAUUCAGUAAGUUUAUUUAUCUUCCACCACAACCCGUACUGUGUGCGACCCGUACUGAGGCGAGUGUCCGUGCAGGCCACAGCAAGCAGGCGGCGGGCGCGGCGCGCCAGCAGGCGGCGGGCCCCGCGCGCCAGCAGGCGGACGCCGACUGCAGCAGCACGCGCUCCGGCCGCCGCCACAGCGUCGACACCGUGUCCACCUACCUCAGCCACGAGAGCAAGGACAGUCUGCAGCAGACGUCUGUGGGCGAGCUGCUUAACUGCAGCGGUAGCAGUGACGACGUGUUCGAGGAGGGCGCGGCCUCCCUGGCCCCGCCCCCCGCCCCGCCCGCGCCCCCGUCCUCUGAUAUACCCACGUCCGACGGCAGCAUCGUGGGUGAGUACACCCGGCUGGAACUAGUAUUAGACUUGUAUGAGUCUGGAGUGGACGAGGCGUCGGCGGCCGUGUGUGUGUGGGUGCGCGCGGAGGCGUGUCCCCAGUGGGGCGCGCUCUGCCCCGCCUGCAUGGCGCCGCUGGAGGGGGACGGGGGCGGGGGCGGGGGCGCGGGGGGCGCGGGCCCGUGCGUGGCGCUGACGGGGUGCGGCCACAUGCUGCACCUGGCGUGCCUCAACCGGCGCCUGGAGCGGCUGCGGGCGGCCGGCGCCGCGCUCUACAUCGACUGCCUCGUGUGCGGCCGCGUGUACGGCCGCGCGGCGGGGGCGCAGCCCCGGGGCUCCAUGUCGUGGACCCUGCAGCCCACCGCGCUGCCGCAGCACCCGCCCUGCUCCUCGUCCAUCCUCGUCACAUACAAUUUCCAGUCAGGCGUGCAAGGUCCGCAGCACCCAGUGCCGGGCGCCCCGUACUACGCGGUGGGGUUCCCCCGGUAUACAGUACUGCCGGACACUCCGCUCGGCCGGCAGGUGCUGUCUGCGCUGCGCAGUGCGUGGGAGCGCGGCGCGCUGUUCGGCGUGUGCGCGUCGGUGACGACGGGGCGCGAGCACGUGGUGGCGUGGCGCGCCGCCCCGCCGCCGGCCGCGCCGCGCCAGUACGCGGCGCCCGCGCGGCCCGCCGCCCUGCUGCGCGCGGCGCUGGCCCGCCUCAACGCGCUGCUGCCGCCGCCCGCGCCGCCACUGUAG